UCCAAUUGCAUUGCGUUGAUGAGUCUUGAACUCCACAUUGCGACACGACCGGCUAAGCUAUCUACAACCACUUACACCUAUAAUAAACAUCCUAGUUACACCGGCUCAGACAUUACUUGUCCACCUGACGUUAGAAGAAAAGGUUGCAAUAUUCCUCUACGAACCCGUCGAACUGACAUGUAUCCGAACCCAGCCCUUGAUCCAAUCAUGGCUGCCUGCUUUGCUAUUUUAUUGCCUGCUGAACCGCACAUCUCUAAUAAUCCAGCUGCUGAAGUGGAAGCCCUCUCGGAUCAUAUACAGGAUUCCAGAAGGCUGGCUUUUGUAGUAGGCAACGCUCAUGACAUAAUUUUGAGCCGAUUUACUACUCUUUCUUCUCUAGCAAUACGGCCGCCUCUGCGCAUCAUGGCUCCUAAAUCCAACCCUACUAUCCUUCCCGAACAGGAAGCAUCUUGCAACAUUGGUGAGUCUAUGCCACCUGGAUUACCGUCUUCCGUCCGUCGCGACCGGUUUCGCACCUUUCCCGUCCUUCCGAACUCUUGGAGCUAUGCCGAAUACUAUGAACAAUUUUUUACCGAAUGCACUGAUCACAAGAUCGUACUUUACUCUCAAAUCACCCCCAUGCUACACAUCCCACUGGCUGUCAACCUACUCGCAAAUCCUGCGUGCAACCAGAUCAGAGUACUGGCUUCAGGCCCCAGUCCCUUCGGUCAGAAUGGAAUAAGGCUUUGCGUCGGGUCAUUUGGUGCCCAGAUGAGCGAAGCUUGA